AGUUAUGUUUAGAGAUUUGAGGUUGGCUACAAUGACAAUAUUUAAGUAAGCUAUAAUGUCAAAUUUUUGUGUGUCAUGAACAGCUUGGAAAUUAUGUUAUCUAUAAAUAAAUUUAUUAAAGUAUUAGUAAAUAUGAGUAUGCUAAAAACUUAUUCAAUAUGAAACUAAUAAGUCAAGAUCUCGAUAAAAAUGGAGAGGGUACGGUUGUGCUCAUCCCAGAAGAAUCGGAAGAUAUGUGGCAUGCUUAUAAUCUCAUUGCUGAAGGAGAUUCUGUAAGAAGCACCACCAUUAGAAAGGUACAGACUGAAUCUUCAACUGGUUCUUCGUCUUCCAACAGAGUAAGAACAACAUUAACCAUUUCAGUGGAGAACAUAGAUUUUGAUACACAAGCGUGUAUGUUAAGAUUGAAAGGAAGAAAUAUUGAAGAAAAUCAAUAUGUAAAGAUGGGAGCUUAUCACACAUUAGAUCUCGAACUGAACCGAAAAUUUUCACUCAAAAAACAUGAAUGGGAUUCUGUAUCUCUAGAACGCAUAGACAUGGCAUGUGAUCCAACAAAAAGUGCAGAUGUGGCUGCUGUCAUUAUGCAGGAAGGUCUUGCACAUAUCUGUCUAAUUACUUCUAGUAUGACUUUAGUGAGAGCGAAGAUUGAUGUUAAUAUUCCCAGAAAGAGAAAAGGUUUUGUCCAACAACAUGAAAAGGGUUUAGCUAAAUUCUAUGACAAUGUCAUGCAGGCUAUUCUCAGACAUGUUAACUUUGAUGUUGUUAAAUGUGUACUGAUAGCAUCUCCAGGAUUUGUGAAGGAUCAAUUUUAUGAAUACAUGUUUCAAACAGCUGUAAAAACAGACAAUAAAGUGUUAUUAGAUAAUAAACCAAAGUUCAUGUUAGUUCAUUCUUCUUCUGGAUUUAAACACUCUUUACAAGAGGUGCUCCAAGAUCCAUCGGUAGUUAAUAAAAUAUCAGAUACUAAAGCUGCAGGUGAAGUGAAAAUUUUGGAAAAUUUUUACACUAUGCUGCAAUGUGAACCAUCAAAAGCCUUCUAUGGUAAGAAACAUGUAGAAGCUGCUAAUGCUGAACAAGCUGUUGAAAUUUUGCUUAUUUCGGACAACUUAUUUAGAUGCCAAGAUGUAAAGCUGCGCAAGGAAUAUGUGGAUUUAGUUGAUUCUGUCAGAGAUUCUGGUGGUGAAGUGAGAAUAUUUUCAAGUCUUCACAUUUCAGGAGAACAACUGGAGCAAUUAACAGGUAUUGCAGCCAUUUUAAGAUUUCCGAUGCCUGAAUUGGAGGAGGAUACUGAUGAAGAAAAUGAAUAAUCAAGUUGUUAUCUCUGGCUAGAUAGAUCAUCGUGAAUUUUAAUUUUUAUAUCCAGAUUUUUAUUUAAAGCAAAAGGAAAUACAAUUUCAAAAUACAAAUUGCAAUAUGACUCCUAAAAUAUUCUGUUGUUUUUUGUAUAAAAAUUGAAAAGCAAUGAUAGAAAUAGAAUACGUUUAUUAAUUAUCAACAAAAGAUAUUUGAAUAAUAAAAUAAGCAGGCAUUGUUAAAAUUUAUGUGUUAAUCCAAAACUAUCCUAUUUUAAUCUAAUUUGAAUAAUAAACUUUAUAACAUCCACAGAAA